UUUAUAGCUCUGAGUGUGAGUGUGUGUGUGAGAGUGAGUGUGUAAGAGCUGGGCUCCGCUGGUGUGGCUCAGCCCGCGGCUCUCUCAGGGAGCUGUAGCCGGGCAGCAUGCGCUCUAUCUGGGGUUUAGUGGCCGUGGUGGCCGCUGCCACCUUCUACCUGUACCUGCUGUCCACCUUCCUGCCCGCAGCGCCGCCGCGCGCACCUGCCGCACCUGCCGUACCUGCAGAGCAGCGCGAGGAGCACCAGCAGCACGAGGGGCACGAGGAGGAAGAGCUCGAGGACGAGCGCAGGCUGCAUUUCCCGUCGGAUCUGGACGAGCUGCGGGAGCUGGCAGAGCUGCUGAAGUUCUAUAAGAGGCAGCACACGGGUUACGUUUUGCUGCUGUACUGCAGCGCCUACCUCUACAAACAGUCCUUCGCCAUCCCAGGAUCCUCCUUCCUGAACAUGCUGGCGGGGGCGCUGUUUGGACCGUGGCACGGUCUGUUCAUCGCCUGCAUCCUCACUACAGUGGGCUCCACAAACUGCUACCUCCUGUCCCGCACUUUCGGCAAGCGGCACAUCGUACGCCUCUUCCCCGACAAGGUGGCCCUGUUACAGAGGAAGGCAGAAGACAACAGGAGCAGCAUGUUCUUCUUCCUGCUGUUCCUGCGCUUCUUCCCCAUGACGCCUAACUGGUUCCUGAACAUCACCUCUCCCAUCCUCAAUAUUCCCAUCCCCAUCUUCUUCUUCUCCGUCCUCAUCGGUCUGAUCCCCUACAACUUCAUCUGUGUGAGAACAGGAGCCAUCCUGUCUGAAAUCACGUCUCUGGAUGAUAUCUUCUCCUGGCGUACGCUGCUGCAGCUGCUGCUGAUCGCCUGCAUGGCCUUACUGCCCGGCGCUCUGAUCCGCCGAUACAGCCAGUCUCACCUCAAACUCGACGGCCUGGAGGUCAAUGGCCACCGCCACGACCUCAACAACCUCAGCGACCGCAAGACCAGAUGAUCCGGAUCCCUCUCCGGUUCUGUAGAGCUGAUCCUCACGGGUUACACUGUUUACCAAAAGCACUGUGGGAUUAUAUAGAUUGUUUAUUCUAUCUUAAUAUCUUAAAAUGAUGUUUAAUUAUUGAUAAAGUCUAAUGCAGGAGUUCUCAACUGGUCUCAGCCGGGAACCCACGUUUUCUCAGUGUCAUUAAGCCGCGAACCACAUUUUAGAAUACAAAUCAAACUUAAUUAUUUUUGAUAAACAAAAACUUAAAAAAUGACUUAAAAAAAAUUUACAGUUUAAUAAAGUACACAUAUAUGUAAAGUGAAUUAAAGAGCAUAUUUAUUUAAGAAACUGAGGAGGAACAUAACAACUACAUGUACAAAAGUUACUAACACGAGGCACCGAGUGGUCCGGCGACCAAAGUGCUGCCACUGUGAUCAGAAGAUCACCGGUUUGAAUCCCGGUCAUGUAGCUUGCCAUCAGCUGCUGGAGCCCUGAGAGAGCACAAUUGGUUUUGCUCUCUUUGGGUGGGUAGAUGGCGCUCUCUCCCCUCAUCACUCCAAAGAGUGCACUGUGAUGCUUCUUGGCAAUGCUGCAUUAGCAGCAGUUCAAAAAGAGGCGGAGUCUGAUGACUUCACAUGUAUCAGAGGAGGCAUGUGCUAGUCUUCCCCCUCCUAUUGAUAGGGGUGUCCUAAUGAGUGGGUUGGGUAAUUGGCUGUGUAAAUUGGGAAGAAAAAUGGAAAAAAAAAUACUAAAAUAAAAUUAAAUAUUAAAACUGCACAAAAUAAAUAAGGACACAAAAUUAGAGACAUCACUUUUCUGCAUUCAGAGUACAUUAGUAAGAAACACUGUCUCUUUUUUUCUCCCAAUAUAUAAGAUGACUACAAUUUUUUUUUUUUACAAGCCCACUUGGGUCCUGAUCCACCAGUUAAGAUUUGCUGGACUAAUGUAAUUAAUUUUUCUCAAAAAUAACAGCUACAGUAUGUCAGGAGAAGAAUACUUCUGUAGUUUUGCGCUAGUGCUACAAUGCUAUUGUAGUUAGCUAACGAACAGAAGUAGCAAUGCUUUUUUAGCAUCGCUAAAAAAAGAAGCAGCUUAUUUUUUGUACUUGUCAGUUUUAUAGAUGAAAAAAAAACAUAACACAUAAGCACGUCUUAUAAUGAUUUGUUUAAAGACAAGAAAAAUCUUAUUUUAGAUACUUUUUUAGUAAAUCUGCCUAGUGGAUGAGUUUUAGCUCUAGGCUUAUUAAAGUAAAGAGAGCAGAGGUGGACAGGGAGCAGAGAAACAGAAAUAGUGGACACUUACAAAGAGUUUUACAACGAUAAAAGCUGCGUGCAUCGUUUAUUUCUGUCUAAAUAAAUUCAUACUUGUCAUGAACAGGCCUUAAGAUGAUAAUGUAUAAAACCUGUACAGUAUGUGUUAAAGAAUGAACCUGUAUUUUCAAUCACUGGAAAUCUUAAUCUUAGUGCCACAAAUUGAUUCAUGCUAAAAUCAGUCACGUCUUAAAGCACAUAUAUAAGCUGUAUUAUGGUCAGAGGUGGAAAGUAAUGAAUUACAUUUAAUCAAGUUACUGUAAUUGAGUAGAUUUUAUGAGUCAUUUGUCAUUUUUAAAGUAGUUUUUAAAAUAGGUCAUUUUACUUUUACUCAAGUACAUUUUGACACAAGUAAUUUCAUUGUAAGAUCAUUGAAACCUAUGCCACUUCUUCUUGAAAGAGUUUUAUGGGGUGGUCUGAACAAAUACUGCCUGAAAGAUCCAGAUUAUUAUGUGGAAUAAUAUUUUAUUAAAAAUGAUUUAAUUUAUGAUUUGUUUUUACUUUUUUACAUCAAAUAAUUAAAAGUAACUAUGUAACGUUUACUCAAAUUACAUUUUAAAUUGAGUACUUUUUACUUUUACUCGAGUAGAUUUUUAAAUGGGUACUUUUACUUUUACUUGAGUAGAAUUUUAGCAAAGUAAAUGUACUUUUACUUAAUUACAAUUUUUCAGUACUUUCCCCACCUCUGAUUAUGGUGUGUGCCUUAAUAUCAAAUCAGCUGAUCUGUAUAAAAAUAAGGUAUAAUAUGAUGUGGAAAAAAACAAAAUAUAAAUAAUAUUGUAAUAUAUUUAAGUAUAUUUUAGUGGAUAAGAAUUUAGUAUUUUUUGCAUUAUUUUACAGCUAUAUAUAUAUAUAUAUAUUUUUGUGUUUUAAAUCUGUGUGAUUGAUUUAUUUUUGCCUUUUUGCCUUUAUUUUGUCCGUAAGCCUUAAGAAAGCUGAUGCACUGAAGGACGGGUGGAUUUGUGUGUCUCAGGUGUUGUAGAAAGUAUGUUUACACAUUUUAUAGAACAGUAUUUUAUGCUGCUUUUGUGUAUUUUUUUUGUCUGUGUAAUGUAUUUGUGACAGUUGCUGCUUAUUGAUUAUCAGUAAAAAUGGUGUUUUAGAGUAAAUAAGCCAUACUUUUUUUGGUAUUUCUUAGUAUUUAUUGAAAAUAUAAGUUACUGAAACUGUCUGGAUUUAAAGAAACCUGCUGUAUUACUUACUUUUACACCAUCAUGUGCCUUAAUGGAAACUUCUCUGCACUUUUUAAAAAUGCAAACUGCCUGUUAAAAUGAGACAUAUUUUAUAUUCUCACAGUGAGGUAGGAAAUUACCUGCAGAUGUUUGGUAAAAUAAUUUUUAUUUUUAUUUUUUUUUACAAAUUGUAGCCCACUUAAUAUAAUACGAAAUGUUACACUGUUCCCCAUUAAAAAUCUAAAAAAAUACAUACAAAAAUGAUCAGUGUAACCUGUCAAAUUGAUUGAUAGACUAGAAAUUUCAGUGUAAAUUAUAUUUGUUAAAAUACACUAUAUUGCCAAAAGUAUUCAUUUUUCAAUCCAAAUCAUUUAACUCUGUAAUAUCUCAAAGCAGAUGUGCCAAUUUCUCUGACAACCAUUUUUCAUUGCAAAGGUUUUCUUUCUGAGUGUAAGAUUAAAUUUUAGCUUUAUGUUUUUUUUUGGGGGGGUUUUUCUCUGCAGUUUGAGCUUUUCUGCAUGACUGUUUUUUUACAUUGUAAGAUUUGCCUCAAAUCUCUGUGAUGCAUUUUUUUUGUUUUUCUUCCAAAUUAUUUAAUUUUAUUAUUUAAUUUUCUAUUGGAUUUCAUGGUGCACUUCAUCCGUUUAUAAUGUCUUAUUCAGUAUUUGAUGCAUUACAGAGCUAUGAAUUCUAAACCGCAUUGUUUCUACAGAGGCGGUGUCCUUUUUUUUCAUUUUUGUUCAUUACAUUUUAUAAUAAUUUCCUCAGAUGUUCUAAGUUCUAUUGCUUACAUCUCUCAAUAUCACUCAAAUAAAGAUCAAAUGGUUACUUGA